UACAUAUCUCAUACUGCGAAUUCGUGAAUUUUUUGACGCUUGAGAAACGUAUCAAACGUAUGAUUCAUUUCAGGGUCAUUUAAUUAAAAUAUUAAUGAUACGAUACGUUUUCGACUACGAGAAAUACUGAAUACAGCCCAGGGAGAAAUGUUAAUUAAAUAUUUUUUUCUGCGUAUAAUGUAAUCAAAUAAUUGUAGUCAUCUCACAAAAACAUCGAAAAACAAGAAACCGAAGUUGCUAACGUUGCCAAUUGUUAAUUAUUUAAACAGAAGAAUGUAGAAUGUAGAUUUUUUUCAUUCAUCGAAGUUUCGAAGUAAAUAAAUUUUCAAAAUAUUGGAAUAAUUUUCGAAAAUGAAAGUAGAAAGUAUUUUACGUGGUAAUUUCCACCGUAUUUACCAUGCUGUCAGAAGAGAUACAAAGUCAACGAAAACAAGAGCAAAAAUGUUAUCACGUAUUAUCAAUUUUAAAAAUGGAAAACCGCUGUAAUUUUAUAUUCUUUAAUUAAUUAAUUGUAAAAACCAUUAAUUUAGUCAAAAUGGCAGUUAAUUUAUGGAAAUUCGCAUGCCUCAGAGUACCGGUGAAGAAGAUAAAUCUAAUCGACGCUCCUUAUGUUACCAAAUUCAGUACAGUAAGCGUUCCAAAAAAUCAAAUCUCGUUUCCUAAUGUAUGCAAUUUUUCAAGAAUUCGAAUCCUGAAGAAUAGAUACGCGUAUCCAGCUCUCAGCGGUAUUCCGUACGAUUUCAAAUAUGUAACCAUUAAUCGUGUUGGUAAUGAAAACACAUCGAGUUUUCUCAGGCAUUAUAGUACCAGUGACAAAACCGCUUCGGAGAAUACAGAAAAAAAAAGUACUGAUGUAAAAACCGAAGAGAAACCUCCAUCGUUGCUUCAACGUUUCAAACAAAUGUAUCGUGAUUACUGGUACGUUCUCGUUCCGGUGCAUCUGGUCACUUCUGCUUUUUGGUUUUCGUCGUUUUACUAUUUAGCUAAAAGCGGAGUAGAUGUAGCCAGUUUGCUGGAAUCCAUCGGAGCUGGUGAAAAAUUAGUAGAAAAAUUGAGAAAUGGCAAUUCCACGAUGGGUUACAUCGCUAUUGCUUAUGCUCUUUAUAAAAUCUCCACACCAGUUCGUUAUACGGUUACUUUAGGUGGAACAACAAUUUCAAUAAAAUAUCUUAAAGACUGGGGAUACAUUAAACCAAUUCCUCCUAAAGAUAAAAUCAAAUCCAUGAUAAAUGAUCGCAAAGAAUUAAUAUUGAACAAAACGCCCAAACAGUUGGCAAAAAUUUACCGUCAAGAAAAAGAAGCCGUGAAGAAAAUAGUCGAGGACGAAAAAAAAAGCCUGACGGAGGAUAAAAAGGGAUUUUAUGGUGUCAUGUUCCCUAAAAUUGUCAGACCAGAUGAUAAGAAAAAAAAGAAAAUCGGAGAAAAUUGGUGAAAGAAUUUAUCGUCUGUAAUAUUUCAUUGCAAUGUAUUGUGUAAAAAUUUUGAUUUAGUUCCCUUUUUUAAAAAAGUUUGUUAUCGACUUAAAACCGUAAGUUCAGUUAAGUACUUAGUUGUUAUUUUGUAAAAUAUGUAAAAAAAAAAAAAUCUAAAAUAAAAAUGGAAAAUUUUGCAACA